GGGUAACCAGGCCAACUUCACACUCACGCGGAAGGCCCCUUACCCCAACCAGUGCCAACCCCACGGCCAUUGUCAUGCCCUUCAUGUCCAUGACCCUCGCCAACAUGGCCGGGGGGACGCUCGAAGGGAGGUCCCCGAUUCGGGUCAUCGCGCCAGUCCCGGUCAUGAUGCCCUUCACCAGACCCACGGUGGUGCUCAGGGUGGUCAUGAUGCUCAUGCGGGUCGUGACGACGUCCAAGCGCUCCAAGAGCCUGACCGAGCGGUAGUCUAUCGUCGAGUGGAAGAUUGCGGUCGGUCAGUGCCCCCUCGACCUCCUGCUCCAGGUUCUGACGACGUCCAAUGCCACCAAGGGCCUUGCCGACGGGGACCUUAUCGGUGACCUCGCCCAGAGGAAGCUUGUCAGUGACUUUGCCAACAGGAAGCUUAUCGACAACGGGAAGGUCACGGACGAGAACUUCUCGAGGUGGGACUAGGGAUCAUCAGCUAUGCCUGCUUCGUCCUCUAUACGAGGAACAUACCGUUGCUAGCCGGAGCAGCCGAGACGAGUCCAGCGACGCUCAGGAGAGAAAGGAUGGCGGCGGCCUUCAUUUUGGCAGUAUGGGUAAGUGAUUGUAGGUUUGCUAUAGGUGCUUAAAGGAUACAGUUGCGAUGAUGGGAGAACAAAAACUACCGGUCGCGAGGCCUAC